GCCAUUUUACAUCAACCCAGCGGAAAAUCGGUUGCGAAGAUGACGGCUCAAAUGGAAAGUCAACUGUGCAAGCUGUUUGUCGGUGGCCUCAACGUCCAGACCACCGACGACGGGCUGCGAAAUCAUUUCGAGCAAUACGGGAGUCUCACGGACUGCGUGGUUGUGCAGAACCAGCAGCUGAAGCGCUCGCGUUGUUUCGGUUUCGUGACCUACUCGAGCCCCGAGGAGGCGGACUCGGCCAUGGCGGCCCGCCCGCACGUUCUGGACGGUAACAACGUCGAGCUGAAGCGGGCCGUGGCCCGGGAAGACGCGGGCAAACCCGAGGCCCUCGCGAAGGUGAAGAAGAUAUUCAUCGGCGGGCUUAAAGACGAUAUCGAGGAGGAUCACCUCCUCGACUGCUUCUCCCAGUUCGGCGCGGUGGAGAAGGCGGAGGUGAUCACGGACAAAGAGACCGGCAAGAAGCGGGGCUUCGGCUUCGUGUAUUUUGAAGACAACGACUCGGCCGAUAAAGCCGUGGUGCUCAAGUACCACGUUAUUAACGGGCAUAAAGUGGAGGUGAAGAAAGCCCUGACCAAGCAGGAGAUGCAGGCCGCCGGUAGUCGCGGUGGCCGCGGCGGCCGCGGAAGGGGGAUGGGAAGACCGCAGAACGGCUACGGCGGGCGCGGCGGCGGGUACGGUAACUACAGCGGCGGCGGCGGCUAUGGAGGCAAUGACGGCUACGGUGGCGGGUAUGGGGGAGGCUACGGGGACCAAAUGGAGGGCUACGGCGGUGGUAACGGCUACAAUGACUUUGGCAGCGGCUAUGGCCAGCAGUCCUCUGGUUAUGGCCCAAUGAAAGAGAGAACGCAAUGGAAGGAUUUAAAUAAAAUCUCACUUCUAUGCGCGGCCGCUUGAUGAACCUCUGCUGCGGCUGUGAAUCCAGAUGCUCUGAAAGAUGAAGAAAGCACUCUAGUGAGUUUGCAGAGUUUGCAUAUGAAUGCAUAUGCCAGAUUCCCAGAGACCUCUGAGAGACAAGAUGCCCAUGACCUGGUGCCAAGAUGAUGCCCUGAUAAUGGUACUCGGAGGGCGACUGCAUUCGGUUCCUUUGACUGGAGCUGAAUCAAAUGCAUAAUGGCAAAGUGCACAUGAACACGAAUAAACAUUCCGUCGAAUGUCUGAUGAAUUCAAUAAAAAAAAUUAACUGGA